GACAAUUCUGUCAGUAGUGGACAAGGAGUGAUCCACCGCGGAGGUCUCUCCGUGUCCUUAUAUAAGUCAAAUUUUAUUAUUUCCUGAAUUUAGGCAAGAAAGUGUGUGUUUAAAAUGACAGUAAAUGUAAAGACGGUUGUGAGAGUCGGAUCUUGCGUGAGUGAAGAACAAUAUUUAAAGUCAAUAGUGACAAGAACUGAUUUCGAUAAAAGUAUAUAGAACAGCUAAUGGGUACAAUCAAAAUGAAUAAAACAAGAAGUAUUCCGAUAACAACAAUUUCAGAAACAAUUGACAAUAAGAGUGAUCACACCGAAGAAAAUCAGGACAAAAAUAACAAACGAAAGAAACACAAAAAAUUCACAUGUAAGCAGAAAAUAGCUUUAGUAAUGUUAGCAAUCGUUGACUUCAUGAGCUUUUGCUCAAUGUCAAUAAUGGCUCCAUUUUACCCCCAAGAAGCUGCAACCAAAGGUAUGUCGGAGUCCUUAGCAGGAUUCGUUUUUGGUUUCUAUGCACUUGUAGUAUUUUUAUCAUCACCAGUAUUUGGGAAAACUUUGCCCAAAAUAGGGCUAAAAUGCCUUUUUACCGGAGGAGUAUUAAUAUCAGGACUAUGUAGUUUAGUUUUUGGUACGUUACAUCUCAUAGAAGAUUACUUUUUAUUUACAACUUUUUCUUUUAUCAUACGGGGCUUGGGAGCAUUAGGAUCUAGUGCUUACUCAACAGCUAGUUACGUAAUAAUUGUAAAUAUUUUUCCCGAUCAUGCGGGAGCCGUGAGGGGUCUUCUAGAAACUUUUGUCGGAUUAGGUAUGAGUGUGGGCCCUGCCCUAGGUGGUCUACUUUUUGCGAUCGGGGGCUUUGGUUUACCAUUCUAUGUGAUAGGAUUAGUUAUAAUAUUGAUAGCACCACUUAAUGUAUAUUUGCUGCCUUCGUCGGAAAGAUGUGCCUUAGAAACGAAAACUGGAUCAUUUACAAAACUUAUGAAAAUACCAUCUUUGGUAGUUACCUGCUGCAUUAUAGUCGUGAUCGCUAUGACGUGGAGCUUCCUGGAUCCUACUUUGGAACCUCAUCUUAGAAAGUUUAAAUUAAGCCCAGGAAAUAUUGGUCUCAUUUUCUUGUUAUUGUCAGCGAUGUACGGAAUUUUUAGUCCCGCAUGGGGAUGGUUAACUGACAGGAUGAACAAUUACUGGUGUCUCAUGACGUCAGGCCUUUUCUUUAGCUCCGUUACGCUAUUACUGCUAGGACCGUCUCCAGUGUUGUCGUUUUUAGAAGAUUCAAUAUGGUUAAACAUUGUUGCGCUCUCAUUACUAGGGGUGUCAGUAGCUAUGGCUCUAAUGCCAACUUAUCAAGCAAUUUUAGACAGUGCUCUUGAAGAAGGUUUUGAAGAUAAUCUGGGAACUCACAGCGUGAUUGCUGGACUUUGGUCAUGUGUAUACUCGUUGGGUGAAGUGCUAGGACCCGUAAUCGGAGGCGCUGUUCUUCAAAACUUUGGAUUUCCUGUAACAUCCACAGUGUUUUCUUUGUUAAAUUUAGUUAUGGCAGUAGUUGGUACUUUCUAUUUUUUCCUGAGAAAAAGAAAAAACUCUAGUUCUAACAUACUCACAGACCAAGUUCCUGCUCAGGCUUUCAAACAAAGGAAAUCAGAAAUAGUUAUUGUAACAAGAAUAGAUAGGGCGGAAAAUGGAAAAUGGAUGGCAAAAUUGAUGUAGAACAGUUAAAAUUGUACAUAGACAGUUUUUACUUUUUAAUUUUUUUUUUAAAUUGCCAUAAAAAUAAAUAAUGU